AUAAAUGUUAUAAAUAUUGUAUUCUAAUGCUUCUAUUAUGGCUUUGUAUCGUUCAUAACCUCCACCAAUCUAUCCAUCUAUCUCCUCUGCCAUUACUCGCUCAUCACUUCAUCGAAAUUCAUCGAAAUUAAACCCAAAGUUCUUCUUUUGUAUCCGUUUGAUGAAUAUUUUGGAUACACGUAGUACUUUCUGACCUUGUCCGUGAUGUUUUUUUUAUCCUCGUCUGUGUUUUCUUUUUACUAUUUUAAAGGUGACUGUGUGACUUUUCUUUUGGGUGUUUGAUUUGAUCUCAAGAUUUAAGGUUGAAGCGUCAGCGUGUUAUUGUUAUCUCCUGAGUAGUGUGUUUUUUAAACGUUGAACAAAGCAGAGUUUUCUUGAAGGCUUGGUUUAACAGCGACAGAGAGAGAAAAAUAGCAUUGUUUGUUUGCAUAAAAAUCCGUCUCCCCGUGUGUGGGUGUUGAAUUUGCAACAUUGUUUGUUGAUUGAUUGAGAAGAGAAAAAGGGAGAAGGAAAGAGACACACAAGGCGAAAAAAAGUGAAGGGUAUUGAGAUUUUGCGGGAAACUCGGUGUCUGAACGUCAAAAAUUAGAAGUCUUUCCUUGUGGGGGCGAUUUGCAUUUUCAAUUCUCUUUCAUAGGCAAAAUUGCAAUCCCACAAUCUGUCUCACUCUUCUUUUUUGUUUUUUUGUUUUCUUCCCCAUCUGGGUGGUUGCCUCUGUUUUUCAGGGUUGGGAGAGAAGCUAAAAUCUCCAUCUUCCCUCCCUUCUCUAUAUUUUUCUUCUCUCUUAUCUAUCGAUCUCCAAUACCAUGAUUUUCAACAAAGGGUCAAUGCAUUCUAAUCUUGAUUGUUUCGUACGGUGUACCACACCUGUGGUUCAAUCCCAGUUUCUUCCCAAGUCUGAGAUCACAAGCCUUAACCGUUUGUGGCAUCCGUGGGAGAGAGAAAGCGUGGAAUAUUUCACGUUGGGGGAUCUUUGGAAUUGCUAUGACGAAUGGAGUGCUUAUGGAGCCGGAGUUCCCAUCUCCUUGACCAGCGGUGAGACACUCGUGCAGUACUACGUGCCUUAUCUCUCAGCAGUUCAGAUAUUCACCAGCAACAGUUUCAGGGAAGAGACCGAGUCAGGUGACUGUGAAACCAGGGAUUCCUACAGUGAUUCUUUGAGCGACGAGAGUGAGUGCGACAAGUUAUGGAGGUGGGAUGGAACUUCCUCAGAAGAGGGAGGAGGGUCUGAGCAAGAUUCUCUCUGGCAUUUCAAUGACAGAUUGGGUCACCUCUAUUGCCAGUAUUUUGAAAGAGCAACUCCAUAUGGAAGAGUUCCUCUCAUGGAUAAGAUUACUGGAUUAGCUCAAAGGUACCCAGGGCUGAUGUCAUUAAGAAGUGUUGAUCUUUCGCCAGCAAGUUGGAUGGCUGUUGCCUGGUACCCAAUAUACCAUAUCCCAAUGGGAAGAACAAUCAAAGACCUUUCUACAUGCUUCCUCACUUAUCAUACACUUUCAUCUUCAUUUCAAGGCAUGGAUCUUGACGAUGAUAUUGAGGGUGGGCAUGAGAAGAAAAAGGAAGGGGAAGGCAUAGCACUGCCGGCAUUCGGUUUGGCAACGUACAAGAUGCAAGGAGGAAACGUGUGGGUCGCAGGAAAUUGUGGUCGGGACCAAGAAAGGCUAUUGUCACUGUUGAGUGUGGCAGAUUCAUGGUUGAAGCAACUCAGGGUCCAGCAUCAUGACUUUAAUCACUUCAUGGGCAUUCGACAUGGUGGCUAAAAGGGUUGAUCCACUACUCCACAAAGAGCUCGCACUUGCAAAGAUAAAAAAACAUCCUUGCUGGGAUGUUUGGUUUUUAUAUGCAUCUUGGACCAUUAAUUGCAACUUUUGUUUUUUUUUUUCUUUUUCUUGAGGUAGUGUGAGGAAUGAGGGAGGAUAUGUAUUUAUGUAGCAGUAGUCGUCGUUAAAAGGGUUGUGUGGCUCAUGAUUUGACUUCUUUGGACAGCCUCUGAUGAAGAGAUGGUAAUUGUAGAGAGAUAGGUUAGGGAGGUCAGAGGACAGAAGAGACUGUAAUGUGUAUCACAGUAAUGAAUGGUUAAUAUAUGUGACAAAUGAUGCAGAAUCAGUGAGCAAUGUUUCACAUUUUUGCCAA